UCGGUUUAAGGUUAGACUUGGUGUUUGUUUGGGGCUAGUUAUGGCAGCCCCACCGCAGGCGUUAGUCAACCGAAACAAGAAGCACUUCCUGGGGGUCCCCGCGCCCUUGGGUUACGUCGCUGGGGUUGGUCGAGGGGCUACGGGCUUCACCACACGGUCUGAUAUCGGGCCAGCGAGGGACGCCAACGACGUUUCGGAUGAUAGGCAUGCCCCACCGGCGGCAAAACGCACUAAAAAGAAAGAUGAAGAGGAGGAGAAAGAGGAAGAAGAAGAUUUGAAUGAUUCGAAUUAUGAUGAGUUUAGCGGUUAUGGGGGGUCACUUUUUUCCAAAGAUCCCUACGAUAAGGAUGAUGCUGAGGCUGACGCGAUUUACGAAGCGAUUGAUAAGAGAAUGGACGAGAAGCGAAAGGAGUACAGGGAGAAGAGGUUGAGGGAGGAAUUGGAGAAAUAUCGACAAGAAAGGCCAAAAAUCCAGCAACAGUUCUCCGACUUGAAACGCGACCUGCAGAACGUCUCCGACGACGAAUGGCGGAGCGUCCCAGACGUGGGGGACGCCCGUAACCGGAAACAGCGCAAUCCCCGAGCCGAAAAAUUCAUCCCUUUGCCCGACAGCGUCCUAGCCCGGAACCUGGGGGGCGAAUCCAACACCACCAUUGACCCCAGUUCGGGGCUAGCAAGCAUGGUUCCGGGUGUUGCCACCCCCGGAAUGCUCACCCCGACCGGAGACAUGGACUUGCGAAAAAUCGGACAAGCCCGCAACACUCUCAUGAAUGUUAAGUUGUCGCAAGUGUCCGAUUCGGUGACUGGACAAACAGUUGUGGACCCGAAAGGGUAUUUGACCGAUUUGCAAUCAAUGAUUCCCACCUACGGUGGGGAUAUUAAUGAUAUUAAGAAGGCGAGAUUGUUGCUUAAAUCGGUGAGGGAGACGAAUCCGAAUCAUCCUCCGGCGUGGAUUGCUAGUGCCAGGCUGGAGGAAGUUACGGGGAAGGUGCAAGCGGCGAGGAAUUUGAUUAUGAAAGGGUGUGAGGUUAAUCCACAAAGUGAGGAUUUGUGGCUGGAGGCGGCCAGGAUUAAUCCCCAGGAUACGGCCAAGGCGGUGAUUGCGCAGGCGGCCAGGCAUAUUCCAACGUCGGUACGGAUCUGGAUCAAGGCUGCAGAUGUUGAAACCGAAACAAAAGCCAAACGGCGAGUCUACCGAAAAGCCCUGGAACACAUCCCGAACUCAGUGCGUCUCUGGAAAGCCGCCGUGGAACUGGAAAAUCCAGAAGACGCCCGAAUUCUCCUAUCCAGAGCAGUGGAAUGUUGCCCCACUGCUGUCGAACUAUGGUUAGCCCUCGCAAGACUCGAAACGUACGAAAAUGCCAGAAAAGUCUUAAAUAAAGCUCGAGAAAAUAUUCCCACUGAUAAACAAAUCUGGACAACUGCGGCCAAGCUGGAAGAAGCCAAUGGUAAUCACGCCAUGGUGGAGAAAAUCAUCGAGAGGGCUAUAACUUCAUUAAGCUCGAACGGAGUUGAGAUAAAUCGAGAGCACUGGUUUAAAGAAGCUAUAGAAAGUGAAAAAGGGGGCCACGUGCACUGCUGUCGCGCCAUCGUCAAGGCAAUCAUCGGAUAUGGGGUGGAGCCCGAGGACCAGAAGCACACCUGGAUCGAGGACGCCGAAAAUUGUGUGAGCCAGGGGGCGUACGAAUGCGCCCGCACUGUCUACAACCACGCCCUUGCCACCUUCCCGGGCAAAAAAUCAAUUUGGUUGCGUGCCGCCCAUUUGGAGAAAAACCACGGAACGCGGGAAAGCCUCGAGGGGCUCCUUCAACGAGCCGUUGCCCAUUGCCCCAAAAGUGAGAUUUUGUGGCUCAUGGGGGCGAAAAGCAAGUGGUUGGCGGGUGACGUACCCGCAGCCCGAGGGAUCCUCGCCCUGGCCUUUCAGGCUAACCCCAACAGUGAGGAAAUUUGGCUUGCUGCAGUCAAACUUGAGUCAGAAAAUCGCGAAUAUGAGAGGGCGAGAAGGUUAUUGGCCAAGGCCAGGGGCUCCGCCCCCACGCCGAGGGUCAUGAUGAAGAGUGCCAAGUUGGAGUGGUCGCUCAAUGACUUGAAAGCGGCCCAGAAUUUGUUAGAUGAAGCCUUGAAGGUCUUCCCGGAUUUCGCCAAGUUGUGGAUGAUGAUGGGGCAGAUACAUGAACAGGAGGGCGAGUUGUCGAAGGCUUUCGAUGUGUAUUAUGGGGCGAUCAAAAAAUGCCCGAAUUCCAUCCCGUUGUGGAUUUUGCUGUCUCGCCUCGAAGAAAAGCGCGGUUUGUUGAUAAAAGCGCGCUCAAUGUUGGAAAAAGCCCGCUUGAAAAACCCCAAAAACGACCAACUGUGGCUUGAGGCAAUCCGUAUUGAAAAACGGGCCGGUAUGAAAGACAUCGCGAACGCAAUGAUGGCCAAGGCGCUUCAAGAAUGCCCCACUUCGGGGCCCCUCUGGGCCGAGUCGAUUUUCAUGGAAGCGCGGCCUCAACGAAAGACACGUUCUGUGGACGCGCUCAAGAAGUGCGAGCACGACCCACAUGUCCUCCUAGCCGUCAGUAAGUUAUUCUGGUCGGAGCGUAAAAUCGGGAAAUGCCGGGAAUGGUUCCAAAGGACUAUUAAAAUCGAUUCGGAUUUUGGAGACGCGUGGGCUUAUUGGUACAGGUUUGAGCAGCUUCACGGAACGGUGGAGCAACAGGAGGAUGUGAAACAGAGGUGUUUGGCGGCGGAGCCCCAUCAUGGGGAGUUGUGGUGCUCCAUUUCCAAGGACAUUAAGAAUGUGGGGCUGAGUAAUGAGCAGCUUUUAACCCUGGUUGCGAAAGAAGUUGUUAUUCCAGUCUGAGUUAGUGUUACUUAAUAGAAAUAAGCGAGGACAGGUA